AUCCCCCCCCCCUGCUCGCCGCCGCCGCCGUUGUCCGCCCUCACGAGGCGGGGAUCGGUGCUUCUCCUUUAACGGCGUCGUUGUGCAGCGGGAUGCGGCGUUAGCGUCCCGCCAACGAUGCGCCGCGCGGACGUUUCCUGUUACAGCCGAUCCUCUUUUUCUUCUUCUCUUUUCUUAUUUUUUCCCGCGCCGCCGUGCAGCAUGAUGAACGCCCUUGGAGCGGCGUCCCUUCCGGUUAGCGCGGGAAUCUAGCGGCCGAGCAUCCCCGGGAUCGAUGCCCCAGCAUCCUCCCCCGCGCCCGUGACCGUGACAGCAUCGCUCUCUCUCUCUUUCUCUCUCUGGGGCGGAGGCCGGCUGCGGGGAUGCUCUGCUCCGCGUGACGGGGGCCAUGCGGGAGUACAAGGUAGUGGUGCUGGGCAGCGGCGGGGUGGGCAAGUCCGCCCUCACGGUCCAGUUCGUCACCGGGACUUUCAUAGAGAAGUACGACCCGACCAUUGAAGAUUUCUACCGGAAGGAGAUCGAGGUGGACUCGUCUCCGUCGGUGCUGGAGAUCCUGGACACGGCGGGGACCGAGCAGUUCGCCUCCAUGCGGGACCUCUACAUCCGGAACGGCCAGGGCUUCAUCCUGGUCUACAGUCUGGUGAACCAGCAGAGUUUUCAGGACAUCAAACCCAUGAGGGACCAGAUUAUCCGGGUGAAGAGGUACCAGCAGGUGCCGGUGGUCCUGGUGGGCAACAAGGUGGACUUGGAGGACGAGAGGGAGGUGUCCCCCAGCGAGGGCCAAGCGCUGGCGGAGGACUGGGGCUGUCCUUUCCUGGAGACGUCGGCCAAAAGCAAGACGAUGGUGGACGAGCUGUUCGCCGAGAUCGUGCGGCAGAUGGACUUCUGCCCUCUGCCCGACCGGAGAGAAACCUGCUGCCCCGCCUGCAGCAUCCAGUAGAGGCCCGACGGGGUGGAUGGGGGAGAGGAGGGGGCACAGGGGGUAGACAUUAGAACGCAAACUUAGUGGGUGUUAGCUUGAAAAUCCACUCGUCUUCUAGUCCUUUCAGUCUCGUUCAAGCCCUGUCUCCGGAGGACAAACGGCGUGGAGGAAACAGGACGGCGUCCGGGUUUCACUUGAGAGAAGAAGCAACACCUGACCUCCAACUUCCCAUCAGUGUCCCGUUGAUGGAGUGAAUUUCCAGGGUUUCCCAAAAGGCAAUUAGCCAAGAGGAUCACGGUGCUAAAAGCAAGCAGGUCCACAUAAAGAUGGCUGCUCGCUCUGCAUUUCUUCUUCUUCUUCUUCUUCUUCUUUUUUUGUUGCACUUUUUGGGACAACUGACAGUGCAAGAGCCUUCACCUGUACGUGAGCAGACGUCAAUCACCACUGUGAAAGCGGUCGCCCCCCCCUGGAUGUCCCGCCCACUACGAAUGAAGAUGAAUGUCCUAAAAAAAACAACAACAACCUGCACCUUUUUUGGGGAGAUUCGCUCCCAAAACGCUGAGAUGUGCUUGUGGAUGACGGGCGACCUGUAGCACCGACACACGAGGACAAUCAAUCCCACCCAAAGAGCCCAUCAGGCGGCGCGUCCCCUCACCCACGGACAGCUUUCACCCCGCAGAUGCAAACGCCUCGUUGCUUUGAACGAACGUCCGUGUCCGUCUACAUGAAGUCACGUCAAAUAUGUCGGUGGUUUGAUGUCAGAAACACUUAUUUUCAAUAAAACUUUAUGCACAAGC